GUUGAAUCUGAGACCACAAAAACAAAGAAAGCAAUAAGAUAUUUAGUUUUCGUGGCUGUAAGGCGGCUAUUAAGCAUUUAAAGUAGUUUGAAAAAACUAUUCUCUUUUGUUUUCUUCUUCCUCCACUCAAUUCAAUUCACAGAUAUUUUGUUAUAUUCAUUCAACUUACUUACUUAAGACUCCAGCUAACUAACAGAUACAUACGAUUUCGUUCUCUUGUUUGUUGAUGCGGUUUUUGUUUUCCAUUCAAUUAAUUUACUAUCAUUUGAGAAAGAAUGGGUGAUCAUAACAAUAAGUUUGUUCCUCCCACGAUGCUUAGGGUCUUACUCGUUGAACCUGAUGAUUCUACUCGCCACAUUAUUUCUGCACUUCUUCGCAACUGCGGCUACAAAGUUGCAGCUGUUCGUGAUGGGUUAAAGGCAUGGGAAACAUUAAAGAAUAAAUCACUUGACAUAGAUCUCGUAUUAACAGAAGUCGAUCUCCCAUCAAUCUCUGGUUUUUCAUUACUUACCCAAAUCAUGGACCAUCACAAUUGCAAAAACAUUCCUCUCAUAAUGAUGUCUUCUCAAGAUUCAGUUAGCACUGUAUUCAAAUUCAUGCUCAACGGGGCUGUCGAUUUUCUCAUUAAACCAGUUCGCAGGAAUGAGCUUAGGAACUUGUGGCAGCAUGUGUGGAGAAGAAAUACUACUAUUACCAUGCCUCCUCAAAAUAUAACAUUUCCACAGAAUAAACUUGAUGUUGCUGCAGAAAACAAUGCUGCAAGCAAUCAUUCUAGUGGUUCUGUGGCUUCCACACACAAAAAUAUUGAAUGCAGUGAAAAAAAUAGUGAGCCUCAUGAUAAUUCUAUCAAAUAUGAAAGGGAGUCGGCUGAGUAUAAGGACGUAACUGGAGAGAAAUCAACUACAAUAGCAUCUAAAGCUGCAGGGUGUGACAAAAUUUCAACAGGUUUAAGGCUUGGUCAAAACUAUGAUUAUAGUGAAACAGAAAACCGUGAUGAAGUGUUAGGAACAGAGUUAAGCAAAGCCCAUCCUCAUAUUAAUACAAAGAUUCAUCAAAGCAAUAAUGAACUAGAAGACCAUUCUGCUGGAGCUAUUGACUUGAUGGCCACUUUUGAUAAAUAUCCAAAGAACAAUCAUGCAAAUUGUAGUUUCAGUGGUGGUAAUACCGCCAAGUUUGAUUUUGAUACACAAUUUGAACUUUCUUUACAAAGAGAUUCUCCUGGCAGCCCACCUAAACCUACCACUGAAGAAAGGCAAAUAUUGAAUCAUUCAAAUGCUUCUGCGUUUUCUUGGUAUGGCAGCAGUAUGGUGUUGCAGCCUUUAUUUCCAACAAAGAGUUCUCAUGAAUCACAAAAAUUAUCUGAAAAUAUAAACACUACUCAUCAUUAUGAUGGAAAAAAACAAAAGCAGGAAAAUAUCACAUAUCUGGUGAUUGGUCAGUCUGGGCAAGUUGAUACAAAAUGUCAACUUGAAUUCUUUCCAGCCACAGGGGCCACUUCCGAUAAUAAGUCUAUGGAACAUAAUAACGUUUUACAUUCUAUGUUCAACGCACAAUCAGGGAUGCAUCCCACUUGGACACCAAAAUCAGUGUUCCAAAAAGAGAGUUCUCCAUUUCCCACAAGUAUUUCCUCCCAUUCCAAUCCUAAAAGCCAGAACUCAGAACCUCAUCACUGGUCGGAUGAUGCCACCUAUACUUGUGAUCAAAGCAAUAAUGAUUUUGCUAUGCAUGAAUCUCCAUCUAAUGGUCAAAGUUGUACCAGUUUUUACCAUGACGCGGAGAGUCAUAACGCCAGUGGUGUGUGUGAAGGCCUAGGCAGCGUAAGUGAUGGAAAUGCCCCUUCAACUAUUGUAGGCAAGAACAACCUUGAAAGUUCUAUGAAUAACGAUCACCAUGACGGGCUUAGAGACACGAGUUCUCAUCGCACUAGCCAAAGAGAAGCAGCUCUAACAAAGUUUCGACUGAAGCGAAAAGACAGAUGCUAUGACAAAAAGGUCCGAUAUGAAAGCCGAAAAAGACAGGCAGAGAACCGCCCCCGGGUGAAAGGGCAGUUUGUUCGCCAAGUACAGGGUGAAGUUCCGGUAGCUGAAACCAGAGGCUACUGAGAUUGUUUUGUUUCAAGUUACCUUCAUUAUUGAUUUACAGUCUGACUUGAACACUAAUUUGACUCAACAAUGGUUAACUGUAGUGUAGGUCUAGUGAAAUCAAAUUGUUUUUAAUAGCAUUUUUAGUGCUUUCUGUCGGCUUGUUUGUUAAUUACAUUGACUCAUUGACUGUCUCCUACAAAUUUAGGAUUGUAAUUAUUAUGUAGUGAUUGAUUUGAAUUUUUUAUUGUACCUCGUUUAUUUAAAUCUUACUUGUUAGGGCUGUGGUUUAACUAGCAUGCUUAUGUCUAAUAACGAUGAAGCCAAGAUCCUGCUUUUAGCUGGAAGAAUUGCAUUUGCAGGAA